GAGCUGUAGUAGUGCACUGUAGUUUUCUUUCAUUUUAGUGCAGGCAGGGAAGUGAUUUUAAGUCGAGCUACUUUAUAUGCCCUCAAAGUUUGCUGGUGUUUGAUUUGAGUUGAAUGGAGUUUUCUGAGCACAUUAAGACCGCCAAUGUAGAAGAUGUUGUGCUCCAGCAGCCUCUGCACCCUCCCAGCAAGGGCACCUUGUGCAUCACCGGCCACCACUUGCUCUUCUCGGACAGGGAGGAGAAAAGCUGUCGGCAAGUUCUGUUGCUCCUCAGAAACAUUGAUGCUGUUGAGAAAAGUGUGGAAAACCUUUUGAACUACUUCGGCCUCUUUCCUAAUGCCGGCAGCAGCAACAGAACUACAGAAUCCUCCGGGACCAUCAUCAUCAAGUGUAAAGAUCUGCGUGUGCUCCAGCUUGACAUCCCAGGCAUGGCGCAAUGUCUUAACAUUGCGCAAUCUAUUGAGACGCUGUCCAGUUUGAAUUGUGUGGCAGAGAUGUAUCCUUUCUUUUACCGACCCUCCAAUGCCAGCCUCCAGGACCAUUGGGGCCUCUCUACCCCUGAAAGGCAUUACACUGAAAUGGAGGAACUUCAUGAAAGGUGGAGACUGAGCACUGUGAACCAAGACUACUCAGUAUGCCCCUCUUAUCCUCCAGCUGUCAUUGUCCCCAAGGCGAUCAAUGAUGAUGCACUGAAAAAGGUUGCCAAAUUCAGACAGGGCGGACGCUUCCCUGUCCUCUGCUACUACCACAGGAAGAAUGGGAUGGUAAUUUUGCGCAGCGGUCAGCCGCUGACGGGGGCCAACCGGAAGCGUUGCAUGGAAGAUGAGCUCCUCUUGCAGACUGUGAUCGGGGACUCAGACAAAGGUUAUAUUAUCGACACACGAUCAGCACAGCAAGCACAGCAGGCAAGGAUGAUGGGUGGCGGGUUUGAGUCCAAAGCAUUCUACAGCAACUGGAAGAGACUACACAGACACAUGGAAAGGGGUAAAACCCUCCAGGAGAGUCUAAUCAAGCUGGUGGACGCCUAUGGUGACAAGUCCCCAAAUAUGGAUCGCUGGCUCAGUAAGCUAGAAAAUUCCAAAUGGAUGUCUCAUGUCCAAACUGCUUUGUCAACUGCUGGCCUGCUGGCAGAAUGUGUGGAGAGAGAUGGUCACUCAGUUCUCGUUCACGGCUCUGAAGGGACAGAUGCCACGUUACUUAUUAGCACUUUGGCACAACUCAUUAUGGACCCAAGUUGUCGUUCACUGGAAGGCUUUCUGAGACUUUUAGAGAGGGAGUUUGUACAGGCUGGACACCCAUUCCAGCAGCGAUGUUCCCACUCAGCCUUCUCUCACGCUCGUCUCCAGCAGGAAUGUCCAAUGUUCUUGUUGCUGCUGGACUGUGUGUGGCAGUUAUGCUGCCAGUUCCCCCUUGCGCUCGGCUUCUCGGAGGCACUGCUCCUCAGGCUGGCUACCGAAGCCUAUGCCUCGGACUAUGGCACCUUUCUCUGUAACAGCGAGAUGGAACGCUGUGCUCUCCAAGUGAAGGACAAGACUCAUUGUUUGUUUCGGGCCCUGCUGAAGCCACGGGAAAGCGAGCAGUACACCAACCCACUAUAUGAGCCCAAUGAACUGGCUAUUUGGCCCUCAGUCCACCCACAAUCUUUACAGCUAUGGAGGGGCUAUUUUCUGAGGUGGACCCAACAGACUCGUCACCUGGAACUGGUCCAGGAGGAAAUAAGGAACAUGGUUAUUGAGUGGGAGAAGUUGCCACUCAGCUGAUGAUCAUUCGUCAAUGAAGAAUUGAUUAGGAAAAGCAUGAUUUAAUUGUCUUCCAGUAGGAAUUUUACAUUGUUACUCUUUUCCACUGACUGUAUUGUAUUUUCUAAUUGGUUUAAAAUAUAUGAAGUGAUUUUUGUAUACAAUGAAACCAAAGCUUAAGAUUUAGUUCAUGAGA